UAACAAGUGUGCGUAAGUUUACGAGCUUACAGGAAAUGACAGAGUCCAACAGGGCCGUCCUCUUUACCAGCAGCGAUAGGUGUGUCUGAACCUUUUACGCAGGUGGAACCACCUGAUCAGACAACACAACUGCGUUAGAGCCUCGAGGAACACAAGCUGCCGGACGCUCUGGAGACAUGGUAUGUCUUGUGCUUGUGGAAGGAGUAUUUCCACCAACAACACGCACCUUGUGUUUUGGAUCCUGCCACCAAGGCCAAUUUAAUGAAGAAGUACUGUAAUUCAGUACUUCAACAGCCAAUGGAAGACACCGUCCUCGCUGCAUGCUGACAGCCCCCCCAAAAUCAGCCCGAGGUCGCACGCCCAGACCCGAUGUCCGACCCCCCUCAGUGCUGCAUCUGUCUGGAGGAGUUCGCCCGGCCCGCUUCCCUCCCCUGCGGACACCGCUUCUGCCUGAGCUGCAUAGGAGAAUACUGGAGGAUCCACGGGGCCUGUCGGUGCCCACUCUGCAAGGCCUUUUUCCCCACAAGGCCGCCGCUAAACGCGGCCCAGACGCAUGGCGCCGGCGUCCCGACCGAGGAGGAGGAGGCUCCGCCUCUGAAAGCCGGAGAGGUGCCCUGUGACCUCUGCCCCGCCAAGCGCAGGGCCGUCAAGUCCUGCCUGGCGUGCCUGGCCUCGUACUGUGCCGCCCAUCUGGAGCCACACUACCAGAGAGAAGAUCUGGGGCGCCACCUGCUGAUCAACGUGGUGAAGAACCUGGAGGACCCCGCGUGCGGGCUGCACGGCAAGCAGCUACAGAAGUUCUGCAGGAGCGAUCGAACGUGCAUCUGCGCCAUGUGUGCCCAGACUGAGCACCGGGGCCAUCACAUCGUCUCCAUCCACAGGGAGGCGACAAAGAUGAAGGUGAAACUAAAAUGGAGAAAGACGAAACUUCAGCAAGCCAUCCAGGAGAGACUGAGCGAAGUGGAGAAAACCGAGCUCUCCGCCGGCCUCGUGGGCACGGGUCCCAGCGAGGAACGGGCUCCGAGCAAAGAGCUCAUCGCACGACUGGGGGAGGAAAUCUCGGAGCUGCGGAGCAGAAGCGCGGCGCUGGAUCAGAUCUCACGCGGCGAGGACGACCUCCGCUUCCUGCAGACGUUUCUACACACCUCCUCGUGGACUGACGCCUUCGACCUUAAAUAGUUAGAGACGGAUCAGCGGCUGCAAAAUAAAUGGUUCAAUAUUUUGGGGAAAUACGCUUCUGAAGUGAAGAGUUUGGGAAACAACCCCCAUGAAGAAAGAAGAUAAAAGGUGUUAAUUCCCACAAGGGUUUGUGAGCCAAUUAAAUGACCUUUGGAAAGAGAAACCUGUGCUAAACUAAGCUAAGAUCGCUGUGUUAUAUCCAUUAAACUGAUAUGUGUUUUUCUCGUCCCACUAAAGUGCAUUUACCAAAGCUAAACCUCAGACUUUUCCUUCGACUGACUGAUAUUGGAAUUGCAGAUCCGUGUUUAGCAUGUUUAAUAAUUAUAUGCAAUCAAAAAGAUGAUUUGAACAGAUUUAAAAAGGAACAUUGAAACCUCAUGAAUUACAAUAAUUGCCUACAUCCAUUAGUUGGCCAACAACCUGUUGAGAGUAUAUAUUGUGUGGAUGUAACUUAUGGCCGGCUGGAUGAUGUCAUUUAUGUUAAAGGUCAAUAUCAGUUUACACGCCUGUUGAAUGUUUUAGUUGUCGUCCCUUUUUAAAAUGUCUUUUCUUAAUAGAGUCUGAAAACACUGAAUAUUCAUGCUGAACAAUAAAGGGUGGAGUUACACUUUUGCCUAAUACAUAA